UCCCUUUGUAAAGUGCUCUGCCCCUUUGAGAGGCAUUCCCUGCCAUACGCGUUCUUCCCUGUGGAAAGCAUUACGGUACCUUAAGAAGCUUAGCCCAUUGUUUCUGUCUCGGUUUUUCUCUUUUCCUCGUUCUUAUCUGAUUAUUUAUCAUAAACCAGGAAGACAAGAUGGCUGAGAUGGGGAAAGGGGUUACUGCUGGAAAACUAGCAAGCAACGUGCAAAAGAAACUGACCAGGGCUCAGGAAAAGGUUCUGCAAAAACUGGGCAAAGCAGACGAGACAAGGGAUGAGAUGUUUGAGGAGAAUGUGCUGAACUUCAACAAGCAGCUGACAGAAGGAACCAAGCUUCAGAAAGAUCUAAGAGCCUAUUUAUCCUCGGUGAAAGCCAUGCAUGAAGCCUCCAAGAAGCUGUCCGAGUGCUUGCAGGAUAUGUAUGAGCCGGAGUGGUAUGGAAAAGAUGACAUCAAUACAAUAGCAGAGGACAUUGAAGAUACAGCGCUGAACACUGACCUGCUGUGGACAGACUUUCACCAGAAGCUUGUGGACCAUGCCCUGAUCUCCAUGGACACAUAUCUGGGGCAGUUUCCAGACAUCAAGACCCGCAUCUCCAAGCGUGGUAGAAAGCUGGUGGACUUCGACAGUGCAAGGCACCACUUCGAAUCCAUGAAGACUGGAAAGAAGAAGGAUGAAGUCAAAAUAGCCAAGGCAGAGGAUGAUCUGGGGAAAGCUCAGAAGGUCUUUGAAGAUAUCAACAUAGACCUACAGGAGGAGCUGCCAUCCCUAUGGAACAGUCGUGUUGGCUUCUAUGUGAACACAUUCCAGAGCAUUGCAGGCUUGGAGGAGAACUUCCACAAGGAAAUGGGCAAGAUGAGUCACCAGCUGACUGAAGUGAUGACCAAACUGGAAGACCAGCACUUGUCCAACCCGCCCAGAAAGCAAAGUAAGACGGUUCUGAAGACAACCAAACUGGUAAAAAGUGACAGAGAGUCGUCCAAGGAGAUAGGCUCCGCCUCUGUGAGGGACGGCUCCAACGUCACCAGCCCUGAAAUAAAGGCAAUAAACCAUGCCCCCACUCCAUCACCCUCGACGACACCCAUGCCAGCCAUUCCCAAGUCUCCGUCUCAGAAGAGAGGUCCGCCAGUCCCCCGUCCUCCCAAACCCACCCCCUCCAAGGAUCUCAAACCGGACAACAUCAUCAAUUUCUUUGAUGACGCUUUUGUUCCCGAAAUCAGUGUGACAACCCCGUCACAGUUCGAGGCUCCUGGGCCUAUACAGGACGGAGCACCCAGCCUGCUAGAUUUUGAUUUCGAUCCGAUCAAACCGGCAGUCACCCCAGGCGGGACGGCAGUCUCCCCCGCCUCACAGGCCUUGCCUUGGGAUUUAUGGGAGCCUGAGCAGGCUCCUCCUGCAGUUGUGGAGCCGGUUGAGGAGGAGAGCGGGGGCGACAGAGCCUCCGAUCAGCACUGCAAUGACAGUGCCCCUACCGACAGCAGCUUUGCUGUGGAGUGGUCCAGCCAGCCCACUGACCCUCCCGCAGAGACCGAGUACCAGAAAGCUGAAAAGGCAAAAGCGAGCACUGACAUUGCUGGGACUGAUUCUGCUGCUGCUACCUCUGCCACGUCCAAUUCUCUGCCUUCCAUAGUGACGGAGCCGGCAGCGACCAAUGGAGCUGUUCAUGACAUCACUUCCUCAGAGGGAGGGGACAUGCCUCCAAAUUUUUUGUUCAAAGUUCAAGCAUUGCAUGACUAUGGAGCAACUGAUGCAGACGAGCUGGGCCUGAAAGGGGGGGAUAUAGUGUUUGUGAUUCCCUUCGACAACCCUGACGAACAGGACGACGGUUGGCUAAUGGGAGUGAAGGAAGUGGAUUGGCUGCAGAAUAAAACCCUCAAAGGCAAAGGAGUUUUCCCUGAGAACUUUACCCGGAGGCUGUAACAAGGCCUGAACCAGGAUCUAGUCUCCAUGGCAACACUGUGGUUUCCUCGUCAGCAGUUUCGGCCUGAGAAAGUUAAACCCAAAGCUCAGUUUUGCUGGUGAAGCACCUUUUCUAUUGCAGACCCUGGUUACCAAGUUCAUUGUAAUUUUAUUAAAACAGUUGUUCAUUUGUUAAUCUGCCCCCUCCCUCUUCAUGGGGACACAUGUUGAGAAGUAUUAGAAAAAAUUAAAAUAAUCUUCAUAUUUUAAAGUAAAUUCAGCUUCAGGUUGUAUUCUCCUUUAGCUACAUCCAGCUGCCUCAUUCCUGACAAGCAGAAUGCCUCCUUGAAAUGUCUUCCUCCAGUUGUUCUGUGUUAGUACCAUAGACAUAUAUAAAAAACAAAAAGUCAGGCAUACAGACAACAAUUAACCAAGAAGAGAUUUCAAGCUGCAUUUUGCUGGCUUUCAAAAAAAGAUUAAAUUGAUAUACACUAUUUGCUUUAUUAAUGUAAGAGUAAAUGCAUGAAUGUUAUAAAAAAUAGGUCUUGAAACACCAGACUUGAAUGAGUUUUAGACUGUCGCUGUUUAAUUGAACUCCGUCAAAGUUUUGGGUGUAAUGAAGACUAUACCAUUGUGACACCCUCCUUGUUCCUAAAUCAUAAAAUGGGGUCUCCUAGCGUAGACCGAUAUUCAGGCAUUAUCUCUGGCCACCUAAACCUGUAUGUCAUUCUAAAGUGUUAUGUUCCGUCCUGUAUUAUUAUUAUUUGUUUUUUUGGCAGACACCUUUAUCCAAGGCGACUUAAAGGUGUUACAGGGCAGUACGGGGUUACAAUGCAAGAUUCAUAUUUAAAUACAGUGUAAUUUACAAUAAGUGCAAAUACUACUAGAAUGACAUUGUCUUGGCAACCAGGUUUGCAACACACCAAUACAAUGUACAAAUGGUAUCCUUAAAACAAACCACACACAAGAAUAUCUUGGUUCUGUUAAAAAAAAUGUUCUAAAAUGCAUAAGCACAGCAGAGUCAACCUAGCAAACGUGUUAGCAGCGCACAUUAUAAUGUUGACAAUAGUGGUUCUUCAGACGUUUUCGUUAAGUCCCUCUACAGUGUCCCCAGUCGUGCCCAAAUACACACAUUUUUGCAAGCAUUCCUGAACAUUGGCAAACUCUUCUCUUUUGUUUGCUGUGAACACUGUCUCACAGAUUAGAAAGAUAAGUGAGGGGCAAACAUGUUUGGCAAACAUUUUAAGCAUUUGCAAAGUUUAAAGCAGCCCAGGACUAAAGUGACAGUUCACUAUGCAAUGUUGAGGUGGUUUUUUUUAGAGUUUUCUGCAGCACUAAGGAAUAACCCUGGUUUGCAUCAAGCACCUAUCUGUGGUUAUCCGGGCGUAAUGUAGUUAUCGUGUUAUUGAUGCAAGCCAGUUAUAUUCCCUGGUACUGAAAAAUCCCAGGUGUAAUUUAUGCUGGCGGAUUAUAGGGUGAUCCAAUAAAGUCUUCUUGCUAAAAGUUUAUGCCCAAUACUAUUUUGCUAACGUAUACUAUUUACUCAGGUUAUUACACUUUAGCAGAACUAUGAUCAUUUAUUGAUGCGAAAUGUGUAAUACCAGUAUUCAGCUUCGUAUUGAAUCUGUAAUACCAGUAUUCAGCUUCGUAUUGAAUCUGUAAUACCAGUAUUCAGCUUCGUAUUGAAUGUGUAAUACCAGUAUUCAGCUUCGUAUUGAAUCUGUAAUACCAGUAUUCAGCUUCGUAUUGAAUCUGUAAUACCAGUAUUCAGCUUCGUAUUGAAUCUGUAAUACCAGUAUUCAGCUUCGUAUUGAAUCUGUAAUACCAGUAUUCAGCUUCGUAUUGAAUCUGUAAUACCAGUAUUCAGCUUCGUAUUGAAUCUGUAAUACCAGUAUUCAUGGUGAUGCAUUUUAAGGCAUAUAAACAUGUAAUGUCUUCUUUAGCCUAUGCGGACAUUUGACUUUAAGUUUGAAAAAAUAGUAUAAUAAAAGGGAUAAUGUACACCCAAAUUUAUACAAUAAGGCUUUGCUCUUGUGGUUUCCAUUGUCACCAGAAGCCCUUGCUAGAAUUACAGCCUUAUAGUACAGUUUUAGUCAAUUGUAUCUUAUUUUAGAAAUCAUACUUUUUUAUUUAGAUUUAUUUUUACUUAAUGUAGUGAUAAAAUACUCAGUUAGUCAUAUUCCCUUCAGCAAGGGGCCUUGUUGUAAAUGAUAACUGUUGUAUUUAAUAGAAAGGCAAUGACCUCUGAAAGUCUUGAAAGAAGUUGCGCUAGCGUUUCCCCCAAAACGUGUUAAGUUUGCCACUGAAAACACCACUGGAGCGCCCUUGGAUACUGUAUAUGAGGCAUUAAAUGAAAUCAUUUUAAUACUAUUUUAAAACAAAAUGUUGCAUGACGUUAUAUUGUGACUAGUUAAAAAGGGAAUUCAAUUGUAUUAUAUUACGAACGAAAGUGGGACUAAACUGGAGUUCAAUUUUCUAUUGUUGUUUAUUAGAUUUGUUUGUUUGCUGUGGAGGUCACUAACAAAGUCCGAUGAAAACUGUUUUAGUAGAAGUUUGGUCAUCGCCAUAACAGAAGAAUACUUGUGGUAUACAUUAAUACCUGUCUAUUACCCUGAGGAAGGCCUAGCUCUGCCAGCAGUGGCAACACAAUAUAUUUGGAAGAAAUAUUGCGCAGCGGUUCUAAUACAUGAAUUGGUAGCUGCUUCUCUUCUUUAUAAUAGACAGCAUGUUAUCAUUAGUUUCAUUACCCCUACCUGCCUUCUAUUAUAGAAGACCAUUGGACACAUACUGCAGUGGAUUACCAGUGUUUGUUGGUUCAUGUCAUUGUGAUGUCAUAAAAUAUCCCUUAUAUGAGCUUACCGUGUACUUUCAUCCGUGGCUAUACUGGGUGUCAGGCGAUGUCAGGCCACUAACUCAGACCAACCCAGGGAUCUCGUCUGUUAUUUAUUUGCGUUAUGAUUUUUAAAAACUUGAUGUAUAUUGAUAGUUAAUGUGUUUGGUUUCAGCUACUCAUUUCAGCAGUCCCACUUUUCAUGUGCGUUGUGCAAUAAAGCCUCCUCAUGUAGUUCCUGUGAUAUGAAGAAGGUGUUGAUCAUCUUUUUUGUUUAAUUGUAUUUUAUGUUGUCAUGGUUACAACAGCAGGCACACACUUGACAAUGGCUUGGGAUUGAUUGCUGUUGUGUCCAAAAGGUUGAAACAAAAGUAAUGAUUUGUUUUUCUUACCUUGUAAAAUAAAAAAUUAAAAAAUACAAAUGACACUUAAACAAAAACCACCACCAAAGAAGAAAAACUCCAGUUGUUUCCUUCUAGCCAAACAGAAAUGUAAAAUGCCAAUUAUAUUAGCCCACAAAAUUACAAAAUAAAAACCUGCUCAGUUUGUUUAUGUUUUGUAGUAAUAUUUGGGUUUUUUUUAAAAAAGGGAAGUAUGGUUAAUUGUUGUGAUAAUAAUUCUACUUACAAGGUAAGAAAACCCAUGUGCUUGAAGUUCAACUGGUCUGCACCCCAGCCGCUAUAUACAAUGUAUUCCUUUAAAAAUGUUGUACAUCCUGUGACAUGUUGUCUGGUCAUUGAAAUUAAAAUGAGUUAUAUCCUC